AUGGAUACCGAAAAUGAGAACAAGAAGCACAGAACUACUCCAGAGUACGCUGAAUACCAGCGAGAGAACUUUUGGGCGAGCAACGAAGGAAAGACUCCAGUCUUCAACACCGAUCCGAACAAACUCGAAGAACUAGCCCAUGAGAAGCUCAGCCAAGGCGGCUGGUACUACGCCUCAUCCAAUGCCGGCGAAUCCCUCACCCACCUGGCCAACCGACAAGCCUUCUACAGACACAAGUUAAUCCCACGAAUGCUGGUCGACACCAACAAGCGCGACACCAAAGCCGAGAUCUGGGGCCACAAAGUCAACGCCCCCAUCGGCUUCUCCCCCAUCGGCAUCAACAAAAUCUACAACCCAGCCGGCGAACUGCCCGUAGCAAAAGUCGCAGGCGAGCUAAACCUUCCCUACUGCCUCAGCACAGCAGGCUCGCAACCCAUCGAAGACGUAGGCAAAGCCAAUGGUGACGGUCCGAGAUUCUUCCAGCUGUACAUGCCACACGACGACGAACUCACCAUCUCCCUGCUGAAACGCGCGCACGACUCCGGCUUCACCGCUUGCAUUUUGACUGUGGAUACUUGGCAACUCGCCUGGCGCCACGACGACGUCAACACCUCCAACUACGCCUUCUACCACGGCAUCGGCGCAGACCUCGGCCUCUCCGACCCGGUCUUCCAGAAACGCCUCGCGGAAGAAGGCAUCGAUCCCAAAACACAACCCAACGAAGCCGGCGCCAAGUGGAUCGAUAACGUCUGGCACGGCCGGGCGUGGACGUGGGAGAAGAUGCCGUGGUUGAUCAAGACGUGGAAGGAGAUUAGUGGGGGCAAGCCUUUUGCUAUCAAGGGGAUCCAGAGUGUCCAGGAUGCGAGGAAGUGUGUGGAGAUUGGGUGUGAUGGGAUUGUGGUGAGUAAUCAUGCCGGGAGGCAGGUUGAUGGGGCGGUGGCGAGUUUGGAUGCUUUGGAGAAGAUUGUUGAUGCUGUCGGCGACAAAAUCUACAUCAUGUUCGACUCAGGUGUGCGAGGCGCCGCAGACGUCGUCAAAGCGCUUGCUUUGGGCGCCAAGUUCGUCUUCGUUGGACGUCUGUGGGUAUGGGGCUUAUCGAUUAUGGGCGAGCAUGGCGUGCGACACGUUAUGAAGUCAUUGCUAGCGGAUCUGGAUAUCUUGAUGAAUGUGGCAGGCAUUCAGAGCAUUGACCAGCUGGAUAGGAGUUGGCUGGAGAGUCAGCCGAAGAGUUAUGCAUUGAUACCGGAGAGGAGUAAGCUUUGA